AGCGUGAGCAGAGGGGUCGGGAAAAGGAAGCAACUGCGGUUAGUGCUAAAAUGACGACCUUAGUGCUGGAUAACGGAGCCUACAACGCCAAAAUCGGUUACAGCCAUGAAAAUGUCUCAGUUAUUCCUAACUGUCAGUUCAGGUCAAAAACGGCACGUCUUAAAACUUUUACUGCUAACCAGAUAGAUGAAAUAAAGGAUCCUUCUGGACUCUUUUAUAUUCUUCCUUUUCAAAAGGGCUACUUGGUGAAUUGGGAUGUUCAAAGACAAGUCUGGGAUUACCUUUUUGGAAAAGAAAUGUAUCAGGUUGAUUUUUUAGACACUAAUAUUAUUAUCACAGAACCAUAUUUUAACUUCACUUCAAUUCAAGAAUCAAUGAAUGAAAUCUUAUUUGAAGAAUACCAGUUUCAAGCAGUAUUAAGAGUAAAUGCUGGGGCUCUCAGUGCACAUAGGUAUUUCCGAGAUAAUCCUUCCGAAUUAUGUUGUAUCAUUGUAGAUAGUGGAUAUUCCUUUACACAUAUAGUUCCUUAUUGUAGAAGUAAAAAGAAAAAAGAAGCAAUUAUUCGGAUAAAUGUGGGGGGAAAACUCCUAACCAAUCAUCUAAAAGAGAUUAUAUCUUACAGGCAGUUACAUGUUAUGGAUGAAACACAUGUGAUUAAUCAAGUGAAAGAAGAUGUAUGCUAUGUGUCUCAGGAUUUUUACAGAGACAUGGAUAUUGCCAAGUUGAAAGGAGAAGAAAAUACAGUAAUGGUAGACUAUGUUUUGCCUGACUUUAGUACAAUUAAAAAGGGCUUUUGUAAGCCAAGAGAAGAAAUGGUGUUAAGUGGAAAGUAUAAAUCUGGGGAACAAAUUCUUCGUCUGGCCAAUGAGAGAUUUGCUGUUCCAGAAAUACUCUUUAAUCCUUCUGAUAUAGGAAUUCAAGAAAUGGGAAUUCCAGAAGCUAUUGUCUAUUCAAUUCAGAACUUACCUGAAGAAAUGCAGCCGCAUUUUUUUAAGAACAUUGUUUUGACAGGAGGAAAUUCCCUUUUCCCGGGAUUUAGGGAUCGGGUUUACUCGGAAGUUCGAUGUCUCACUCCAACAGAUUACGAUGUUUCUGUUGUGCUGCCUGAAAACCCUAUUACUUAUGCCUGGGAAGGUGGAAAAUUGAUAUCAGAGAAUGAUGAUUUUGAAGAUAUGGUGGUAACAAGAGAAGAUUAUGAAGAAAAUGGACAUAGCAUCUGUGAAGAGAAAUUUGAUAUUUAAGAAACGUUUCUGAAAGUUUUGACUGUGACAAAGGUUUAAUUUUCAGUGUUCUUUUUAAAGGAAGUUAAGGACCUGUGUUACCUUUCAUCCUAACAUAAGAUAACAUCUUGAACUUAUGUAAAUACUUUGAUCCAUGGCUGAUUUUCAAAGGUUUCUUAGCUAGGUUAGUAAGUAAACUGUAACUCAGCCCAAAUUUUCAUUUAGGAGCUAGACUUACUAUAACAAUGCUUAUGCUGUUUCCGAGACUAAGUUAUCUUUCAUUAGAAGAUGAAAGAGUGAGUGUAUUUUAAGUUUAAUUCUUUAUAGCUAAAAGCACAAACUUAACUGUCUCACUGGUCAGGUUUCCUUAGAAGGUAGUUUUGUGUGACUGACUAGGAAUUGGCCAGAGUAUUUUCAGGCUGAUAUGAUUUCUCUCUUUCUUCUAGAACUAAGUAUUUCAUCUUUAAAUUGUCAUUUGUAUAUACUAAAGUUGGAAAAACUAAUCUAUGUGUAUGUAAUGUUUAUUUUUUACUUAGCCUAAGUUUGAAAGGAUGAAGA